AUGGCAGAAAAUGUACAAGAAACACGGUCACUGGCCUUGACUCCUACAUGGUCGGUUGCCACUGUGUUGACUAUCUUCGUUGCUGUCUCUUUGCUUGUGGAGCGCUCCAUUCACCGUUUAAGCAAUUGGCUGCGGAAAACUAAUCGAAAACCCUUGCUUGCAGCUUUAGAGAAGAUGAAAGAAGAGUUGAUGUUGCUUGGAUUUAUAUCACUCCUAUUAACAGCUACGUCCAGCAUGAUAGCCAAUAUUUGCAUUCCAUUGAAGUUCUACAAUAGUGCUUUUUCUCCAUGCUCUAGAUCUGAGAUUGAUGAAGAAAUGCAAGAGAAUGACUCCAAAGAACGUAAAUUAUUGAUGGCUUCUGCUUACCCACGCUUACUUAGGAGGAUGUUGAAUGGAAUAAACAGAAACUCCUGCAGAGAGGGUUAUGAACCAUUUGUUUCGUAUGAAGGUCUAGAGCAAUUGCAUCGAUUCAUUUUUGUCAUGGCGGUAACACAUAUAUCUUACAGUUGCCUAACAAUGUUGUUAGCCAUUGUGAAGAUUCACAGUUGGAGAGUGUGGGAGGAUGAGGCUCACAUGGAUCGACACGAUUCAUUAAGUGAAAUUACGAAAGAGUUGACAAUGCAAAGGCAAUCAUCCUUUGUCAAUCCUCAUACGUCAAAUCCAUUGGUCAGAAACAGUUCCCACAUUUGGGUGACAUGUUUUUUCCGACAAUUUGGGCGUUCUGUGGUUCGUGCUGACUACCUUACGCUUCGCAAAGGCUUCAUCGUGAAUCACAACAUUUCAUUAAAAUAUGAUUUUCACAGCUAUAUGGUCCGAUCUAUGGAAGAGGAAUUCCAAAGGAUAGUUGGUGUGAGUGGCCCACUCUGGGGAUUUGUUGUUGCUUUCAUGCUUUUCAAUAUUAAAGGAUCUAAUCUCUAUUUCUGGAUAGCUAUCAUUCCUGUAUCUCUUGUUCUUUUGGUGGGAACAAAGCUACAGCAUGUUAUCGCUACCUUGGUAUUGGAGAAUGCAGGAAUUGCUGGUUUCAUCCCAGAAGCAAAGUUGAGGCCUCGUGAUGAGCUUUUCUGGUUUAAGAAGCCUGAACUUCUAUUGUCCUUGAUCCAUUUCAUUCUCUUCCAGAAUGCAUUUGAAUUGGCAUCAUUCUUUUGGUUCUGGUGGCAGUUCGGAUAUAAUUCCUGCUUUAUUAGGAAUCACCUCCUCGUUUAUUUAAGGCUAAUCUUCGGGUUUGCGGGACAGUUUCUUUGCAGCUACAGCACCUUGCCACUCUAUGCACUCGUUACACAGAUGGGAACAAACUACAAGGCAGCAUUAAUACCACAGAGGAUAAGAGAGACAAUUCAUGGAUGGGGGAAAGCAGCUAGGAAGAAGAGAAGACAUGGAAUGUUCACUGAUGACUCUACCAUUCAUACAGACACAAGCACUGUUUUGUCUAUUGAAGAAGAUGAUCAGUUAAUUGAUAUCCCUGGAAAUGUCACUGACCUUGCCACAGGCACUGAAGUAGAAUUGCAACCAGUUACAACUCUUGCAUCUACCCCUUCACCUAAUGCUAAUGAAGCUUCAAGUAGGGCCGUUACACCCCUCCUUCGACCCUCUGCUUCAAUAUCUUCAUCAGUACCAUUCAGUUCUAGAAUAGAAGCAAUUUCAAGAUGCUCCUCUAUGCCAAGUGGAAGAUAAUUAUGAGCAAUGGAAGAAAAUGAUCUCAAUGAUGAAAAUGAAACAAGUUAUAUGGUAAAUUGGUAAAGUUGGCUUUUGUGUAAUUAUCAGAAGCUGUACAAGGAUUAGUUCCCUUGAAAAGCUAUGUAAGGUAACAAUGCUUUUCGCCAUAGCUAAUAUAUGCGGGGACAAUUGUAGAAUGGGGAGACAUUUGUCUCUUGAUGCUAAGCUGUAACCUUGGAGUAUGGACCAAGUAUAUUGUAAAUUUAACCUUUUAGUUUUUGAAAUGAUGUAAAACUAAACUUAAAGAAU